AUGUCAAAAUCGUUAUGUAUUUCUUUCAAACCAACUUGUGAAUCUUUUGAUGUUCCUUAUAAUUCACAAACGACCAUUGAUGAUUUAAUAAAGUAUGUUUGUAUUCAAAGUAGUGUACUGCCAAAUACCAAUCCUAAUGAUUAUUAUCUAAUGAUUAAUAAAAGCGAUAUGUUAAGAACCAAUCAAACAGUGGAAGCAGCAGGUUUAGAUCAAUUAGAUCGAAUUGUUUCUCUUGAUAUGUGCACCAAAACUCGAGUAUUGAUGAAACGUAUCGUAGAUAGUCGUAUGCAACUUUGGCAGGAUCCAAUCAAACCAAUACCAACGAAGACACAACAAACAAUACCAACAGACCAAUCGAACAAUCCUGACGAAUCAUCAGUUUCUACUAAUAAACAACAAAUCCCAUCUACUACAGAAGUACUAUCAAAUGAUAAUAAUGAUAGAAAUAAUGAAGUUCAUAUUCUAAUUUGUGGUAGUCCUAAAGUAGGAAAAUCGACAUUAAUUAAUGCUCUCUGUGGUUGUCCUGUAGCUAAAGUGAAAACAAUUGGUCUCGAUCAUUGUACACAAAAAACAAGUUAUUAUCAAUUGGAUAAUAUUUACUUCUGGGAUACACCUGGUAUUCAACAAUGGUCUAAUAUAGAUAUUGACUCAUAUAUUAACUCAUCUAAACGAUGUCAAACACCAUUAUGUAUGUUCUAUUGUGCAUCACCUGGAUCAUUCACUAAAUUAAAACAACUUGAAAUGUUACUUGAUGAAUGUAUUUAUCAACGACAUAUUUUCUGUGUAUUAGUAGUAACAAAUAUGUUUGCUCAUAUUAAUCGACAUGCGAUUCUCAAUGAAUUUAAAACACUUUUAAGUAAAUAUAUUGAUCAUAGUCAACAAAUCCGAGAAGAAGAUGGAGUAUUUUAUUAUGGACAUGUUGGAUUAUGUACUAUGGUUAACAGUCGAGAAUAUGUUGAUGAAGAUACAAAUCGACGACAAUCACAGCAAGGUAUUAAUGAGUUAGUUAUGGCUUUAACAAAAUCAUUUAGUAGAACUCAUCAACUUGAUGGUUGGCUAAGAACCAUUGAGAAAAAUACAUUAUUUUGGUUGGAAAAACAAGAAGAAAUUUUUCGACUCACAAAAAAAUCUGAUGAUAUAUGUUUGUCUGAAAUUAUUCAGAACAUCUAA